AUGGUGGACUCUUGUGAUCUUCUGAAGGUUUCUUCUCAAGGGAAUAAACUUACUUGGUCAAAUAAUAGGAAAAGUGGGCAUGUGAAUGCUGUUCUCGAUAAAGCUUUUUGUAAUGCGAAAUGGAUGGAGUAUUUUAAUUCGUGCAGUCAGCUUGUUCUUCACAGGGUGGCGUCUGAUCACUCACCAGUUUUCCUUGCUUUGGUAGGGUCUAAAAAGCCUAAGAAUGCCCCCUUUUGUUUUCACAAAUUUUGGAUGGAGGAUCAGGGCUUUCUGGAGGUGGUGAAGAAUUCUUGGUCUCAGCUUGUGAGGGGAUCCCCUUUCUUUAUUUUGAACCAGAAGCUCAAAAGAUUAAAACUAAUCUUGAGGUCCUGGGCUCGGGAAGUUUUCCAUAACUUUGAUGUAGCUCUUAAGGAUGCUAAGGCGGCUUUAGAAGAUGUGCAAGAAGCGAUGGAGGUCAUUAGCAUGAAUGAUUCCAUGUUUGGGCUGGAGGCUAACGCCAAGACCAACUUUCUCUGUUCUCUGAGAAAUAGUGAAAAGCUGUGGCAAGAGAAAUCUAGGAAUGAAUGGUUGAAAGAGAACCCCGCAGGUUUGUCUAACCAUGUUGUGGAUUUCUUCAAAAAUUUCCACAAGGUUGUUCCUCUGGAGGAGCACUUAGACCUUUUAGAUGUCAUUCCUUCAUCCCUUGAAGCUGCUGACGUGGUGAAAUUGGAUACAAUCCCCUCUCUAGAAGAGAUUAGGAGGGUGAUUGGGGACUUGGACCCUGACAGUACGCCUGGGCCAGACGACUUUAAUGGGGCUUUUUACCGGUGGAAUUGGGACAUCAUUGAGCCUGAUGUUUGCAAGGCGAUCUCUAAUUUCUUCAGAGAAAGUAUCAUUCCGAAGUGUGUUUGGGCGAUGCAAGGUUUCCUGGACAAAUACCAGAAUUUCUUGGGUCAAAAAAUAAACUUGGAGAAAAGUAAGCUCUUCUGUGGUUCCAUUUCCCCUUCUCGCAGUAGGCGGAUUUCAGAUCUUCUUAAGGUUCCUUUAUGCAGUCUUCCUACUAAUUAUCAGGGUGUGGAGAUCUUUAGAGGUAGAGUCACGAAGGAUAAGGUGAUGCCUUUGGUGGAUAAAUUUAAGAAGCGUUUAUCUGGGUGGAAAGGUAAACUUCUCUCUUUAGUGGGCAGGGUGGAGUUGGAGCGUUCAGUGAUGCUGAGUGUCCCUGUUCACAAUUUCUCUAUUUAUUGGUGGCCGUCGUCUUGUAUCUCUAUCAUGGAAAAAUGGAUCAGGAAUUUUAUUUGGUCAGGUGAUAUUGAAACCAAGAAAGCGGUCACUGUGAAGUGGGACUUGGCUAAUCCGAUUGCAAAUCAUCUGGCGAGGGCUGCUGCUUCAAGUGGUGAUUCUUUGCUUGUAGUGUCUGAUUUUGUGUCGGUUGUUAAUGCUUUCUUGUUAGAGGAUGCUCUAAGGAGAUCUCGAUUUAGAUUUGAGUAG